AUGUUGUCGAGAACCGUUUUGAGAAACAUUGGCAUGGCCAGACCAUGUGUGGCCAGCUUCACUAGAGCCGCGCCUGUCUGCCAACCAAGAUUGACGCAGUGGACGAGUAUCAGAAAGUAUUCUGCGCACGAAGAAGAGACUUUCGAAGAAUUCACACUGAGAUACGAAAAGGAGUUUGACGAAGCUUACGAUCUGUUCGAAGUGCAGAGAGUAUUGAACAACUGUUUCUCAUACGAUUUGGUGCCAGCACCAGCUGUGAUCGAAAAGGCGUUGCGUGCCGCCCGCCGUGUAAACGACCUCCCCACCGCUGUGCGUGUGUUCGAGGCUCUAAAGUACAAGGUCGAAAACCAGGAGCAGUACGAUGCGUAUUUGAACGAACUAAAAGAAGUUCGUGAAGAAUUGGGCGUUCCUCUAAAGGAGGAGCUUUUCACCGAGUCGGCUUAA